AUGGCGGAUUCUCCCGGCGAUGAUCAUGAUUCCAGAACCGCGUCGGUCGGCCUGCAGCGUAACUCCCGCGGUAACUCCUCCAACAGCUCUUCGCGACACGGCUCCAUAGACCCCGGCGGAAUCCCCCGCAAACGACAACGCAGAAAUGGAAGGUCCUCGACCGAUUCCCGUGACUUCGUGCCCCAGGGUGCAUCCUUCAGCGCAAACCCGCUAGAGGUUGACCCCGAUAGUACCUCGUCAUCCGGAUCCGACUCGUCUGACACCGACUCCGACAUCUCGAGCGAGGAGGGCAAUCAGUCGUCGGACGCUGAACAGGAUACUGCUCCUACUGUGAACUGGAAUCAGGGCGCAAAGAGUGCCAUUAGAACGUCGCUGAGCAGUCGGAAGGACAAGACCGAAGAGAGCAAAAGCUCCGCUCAAUUCGACGCGGUGAACGGGAAAUACUGGCGCAGUCGCAGUGAGUCUGUCUCAUCGGCUGGUGGCGAGAAGACGGGCCACGCCCGAGACAAGGAAGAUUCGAUGGAAGAGGGCGAAGUAAGCGAGGAGGGCAACUCAAGUGACUCGAGUCAGAUGCAACUUUCUGGAGACUCGGACGACUCGUCACUGGACUCUGAAGCGGACGACUCCAUAAUGCUGAACAUUGGCUCUCGCAAUCAGAUCAAGAGCGGUAGGAUGGAUGGUGGAGAUGACGAUUAUGAUCCUGAGUCACUCCCCGUAUCUGACCUCACUCAAAGUGAUAUGGAUAUCCUAGCUAGGAGCGUAUUUUACGAUCGCAACAUUCAUGACAUCAAUCUUCAGCUGCCAGUCUCUUGUACGGAGUGUCUGCGGGAAGGCCACCUGGCCGAGGUCUGCCCGUUUAGAGAGUGUGUUCAUUGCGGGGCGUGGAAUAAACACCAAAGCAGCUUUUGUCCACAGUGGCGAAGAUGCCAGCGGUGUCGGGCUCGUGGACACGAUGAACAGCAAUGCGCUUCGCCACUGAAAAGCUCCGCAGCUGAGAUUCCUUGUGACCUGUGUGGCUCGUCGGAGCAUCUUGAAUUCGACUGCGAUUUCAUGUGGAAGCUUCCGCGACAGGACCUGUCGUCAGGACCGGUACUCGUGUCGUUAUCAUGCGCCCAUUGCACCAGCACCCGCCACCUUCUAGGGGACUGUCCAUCGCUCCCGAAACCGUUGCUCUCAUCGUCCUGGACCCUGAGAGGCAUUGAUCCGCAUAUGGUCACCAACAUCAACGCAGUGGUCAGCGGUCGAGCCGGGGCCGGGGCCGCCAACGGCCAGCGUGGGGGGAUGAACAUCAAGGGACGUGCCGACCGUCACUCUGGUUCCUCCGACAGUGAUGACUUGAUGGCUCGGCCGGACCGACGGCCACCUGUAGGACGCAAUGCAAAUGGAAACCGGCCCAAUAUUCGCAUUGGUAGUGGCAUUGGGAAGAACAAGAACCUUGCUCCAGCAGGACCUCGAGCGCAGGACAUGGGUAAUCGUCAAACCUACCGCGAUCGCCAGGACUUUCCGUCCGGCCAGGCUCGCCAACGCUCGCUGUCGCCCAACCCUCGCCCCGGCCGCGGACGGGGUAGGGGUGGCUGGCAAUCGCGUGCCCGUUCCCCUCCGAGUCGACCCAAGCCUUCCUCCAAUCCGAGGGGUUCGCAGCGGGGAGGCCGCAGCGGCGGACGAGGAGGCGGGAAACGCGGUGGCGGAGGAGACGCCUACCGACCGAUGCCGAGUGCUGCUAAGAAGGCCUGGGAUAAGUACAGACUUUAA